AUGAGUCCAAGGAAGAGGAAGGGAGACUUGGAUGGAGACGAGAGCAGUAAUCAGAAGGAGAACGUGUGUGUGGAGCAGACAUCCAAGGUGCCAUCUGCAAAGAAAGGCCAGACCCCGGGGCAGGUCCCCACCACCCCCAGCAAGCAUGCGGACCGAGCCCUCCCCGAACCCUUGACCCCCACCGCCAACCUGAAGGUGCUGAUCAGCGCUGCCAGUCCGGACAUGCGGGACCGGGAGAUGAAGAAAGUUCUUUUCCAGCCCGUUGAGAAUGGGAGGGAGGUGAUGGCACAGGAUGAGUCCAGCCAGGUAAGAAACACGCUCCUCACGUCGACAUGGUCCUUGACCAGCAAAUCUCAGUUUGAUGCAGUGGAUGACAUCACGGACGAGUUUGAGCAGCGGCCGAGCAGGAAGCAGAAGAGCCUGGGUCUGCUGUGCCAGAAGUUCCUGUCCCUCUACCCAGAGUACCCAUCGCCCUCUGAGACCACCAGCAUCUCUCUGGACGAGGUGGCCACCAGCCUGGGAGUGGAGCGGCGUCGGAUCUACGACAUCGUGAACGUCCUGGAGUCCCUGCUGCUGGUCAGCCGGGUGGCCAAGAAUCAGUACCUGUGGCACGGCCGGCGCGGGCUGCAGCAGACGCUGCGGGAGCUGCAGGGCAAGGGCAGGCGGCAGCAGUACCACCUGCAGAUGGACAAGAUCAGGGUCUGCGGGACAGGGCCGUCUGCGCAGGCGGAGCAGGGGACUGCGCAGCCCGGUGAGGAGAACGAGGAUGCUGGCUCCGGGACGGCCAGCCAGCGGAAAGACAAGUCCUUGAGAAUCAUGAGUCAGAAAUUUGUCAUGCUGUUCCUGGUGUCUGAGACGCUCACUGUCACCCUGGAUGUUGCCGCCAAGAUCCUCAUCGAGGAGAGUCAGGACACUGGCAGCCACAGCAAGUACAAAACUAAAGUACGACGACUGUACGACAUCGCCAACAUCCUGACGAGCCUGACGCUCAUCCAGAAGGUAUAUGUGAAAGAGGAGAGGGGGCGGAAGCCGGCGUUCAGGUGGAUCGGCCCCACCGAAUUCCACACCCAGGGGGAGCCUAUCCUGGCUGGCCUCUUCCCUGGCUCCGCCCUACCAAAAGAAGAGGCGGAGCCCCGUCCCCAGCACCCUGCAGCUUACCUCCCCUGCCUGUCCCAGGCGUCUGUGGUCAUGGUCUAUGGGGGCAGAGGUCUGGAGGGGUCAGAGAGUGCCAGUGAGGGUCAGAGGUCGCCCUCGUCAGAGUCCAGGCAGAGUUUCCUGGGGAAGAGGAAGACCGGUGGUGAGGAAGGACAGGAGGCCAAACGGGGCGAGGCAGCACUAACUGAGGCCCCGCCCUCUCUGAAGAAAAUGCUGGGGGCACAAACUGGGGGAGAAAACUCCAGUCCAAAGGCAUCACCCAGACACUGCCUUCAGUAUCCCAGCAUGCACCACAAGGAAGAGGCCCCACCCAUGAAGGCUGGAAGACACGCCCCCCAAGAUGCUACCCUGCCCUCGCAUUACCUCUAUGUGCCCAGCACUCCAGGUCUGAAUGGUUUGAAUUUAGUGUUCUCUGCUGGAUACGCCCCAAACGGGCUGGCUCUGCCCCCCGGCGCACUGCCCGCCCUGGCCGUGCCCUACCUCCUGGUGCCCUCCUCCGCCCUCCCCCCCUACCAACUCGUCUCCAGCACCUCUGCCCCGGACUGCAUCGGCGCUCAAGGCAAAAUCAACCUCGGCGUUCCCGCGGCGGUGUCCCCGGCCCACUUUGCGGUUGGGUCGGGUUCCGUCGCCAUCUCAGGGACGGCUGGGAUUGGCGGAGCCCCGUCGGGAAUCCCCGGAAUGAAGCCGCCCGUGUCCUGUGGAGCGGGCCCAUCGGAAUCCCCCGCUGAGCCCGGUCAGCCUCUGGCUCUCAUCAGGACAGAACCACAGACACCACUGACUCCAAAGGAGGCUUCCUCCCCUGGAUCCCCGGCUUUCUUCCAGACACCAGGGUCUCUGGGCCCCGCCGUCCCUUCUGCUGCACGCAGGCGAGGCUCGGCCCAGAGGAGGCUUGAUGUUGGGCAGCCGCAACCCUAUUAA